UCAUAAUUUUUAUAUAUUUUUUAUUAAGGUAAAUUCGAUUUUUCAAUUUCAUUCAGAGCUCAUUCCGGUGAAGCCGUAGCCUUGGUCUUGCCUUAAACUACCAAUUGACCAUUCACUGGGAUGUAAUAAAGAUUUGUGUUGCACCAUUAGGUGAUUUUGUGCUAAAGCGUGCCUUUAAAUUCUCACAUGGACCGAUUUCUAAUUCAAAAUUUAUAGCCAAAAAUGACAGAUAUCCAGAAAGAAAAGUGUAGUAUUGAUACCAGUAAUUUCGAAUAUGAUGAGAGCGACUGAAACGUUUAUAAAUUAAUGCCAAAAGAAGAAAAUAUUUUACUCUCCCGAUUCUGAAGUGCGUCAAAAAUUAUGUCACCUCAAGCUAAGCAGAAGAAGGAUAGCCGAGGACCUCUGAUGAAAAAUGAGAGAUCACAUAAUGAGUUUAAAAUGUCUGGUGUCCCAGUGAUGGAAGAACCGAAGUUCUCAGAUAGUGAGAUCUAUGCUUUUGAAAGUGACCUGCCAUUAGAUACUGUGAUAUCUCGAGAAGUCUCCUUGAGCUCAAUUUCCAUAACAGAAGCUUCGUACAAUGAUGGAGCUAUCUCUCCCGAACUUUCAAAGAUCGCAUCUAAAACAUCACUUGACGUUACAGAGGCAGAUAGCUCACAAACAAAGGCUAACCAGGUCAGGCGUUCAAACACCAAUUCGAAUAUUAACAAAAUGGCUCAUGGUAUAAAAUCGAGAAAGCCCAGUUCCAAGCUCGCUCUAAAACAAAUCGAUUCUUAUAUGCCAGAAGUAGAAGAGGAAAUCUACAUCGAGAAUUUUCAUCUCGCAUGCUAGAUCCUUCGGCUCACCAACUAAUUCUUAUAAACCCUUAUCUUC